AAUUCAGAGCGCACGCAGGCCUCCUCUCUCCUCUCGUCAUGUCUGGACGCGGCAAGCAGGGCGGCAAGGCGCGCGCCAAGGCCAAGACCCGCUCGUCCCGGGCCGGCCUGCAGUUCCCCGUGGGCCGAGUGCACCGGCUGCUCCGCAAGGGCAACUACUCGGAGCGGGUGGGCGCCGGCGCCCCGGUGUACCUGGCGGCCGUGCUGGAGUACCUGACAGCCGAGAUCCUGGAGCUGGCGGGCAACGCGGCCCGCGACAACAAGAAGACGCGCAUCAUCCCGCGCCACCUGCAGCUGGCCAUUCGCAACGACGAGGAGCUCAACAAGCUGCUGGGCAAAGUGACCAUCGCGCAGGGCGGCGUCCUGCCCAACAUCCAGGCUGUGCUGCUGCCCAAGAAGACAGAGAGCCACCACAAGGCCAAGGGCAAAUAGAAAUAUUUGUAGUUUGCAUCUAAGUCUCCCGUUCAAACCAUCCAAAGGCUCUUUUCAGAGCCACCUACAAAUCCUUGGAGGAGUUGGACCACUUUGCAUGCAUUACUAGUAGGAGUGUGUCAGAACUUUAGCUUAUUGUUUCAAGACCAAUAGAAUGGAUGUUUCGGUGCGGAGACAUAGUGGGGUUUUAUCGCGCGCGCGCCCAUAUAGCCCGUUCUGUCACAGCACAGCACGCUAAUCUUAGGAGUUAGGGAUCAGUGAGCCAUCACAGUAGCCCUGAGCACCUCGCGGAAAUGUGGCCCCGCCCAAGGUAAAACCUAUUAUCAAAAUAAAAGA